CACACUUGGGUGCAGCUCCGCUAGAGAAGGAAGCAGAGUUUCCGGCUGUUUGCAGCGGAGCAGGAGGAUUGCUGACGCCGCGAAACCCCGAGAAAAACGCCGCCGGCUCGGGGGGCUAGUAGUUUCCAGCUUCGGUUGUGACUCUUUCUUUCUCAUCAGGGGACCUGGGGGCAGAUAAAUUUUCUACGGGACAGGGGGGACCUGAGCAACAAGCCAAGCGAAGAAGCUGCACAAGGCGGAGGUUAGCUACCAGCUACCGGCAUGGCCAGGGACUACGAUUACCUCUUCAAGCUGCUCAUCAUCGGUGACAGCGGAGUGGGAAAGAGCAGUCUCCUUUUGCGCUUCGCAGACAACACAUUUUCAGGUAGCUACAUCACCACGAUAGGCGUGGACUUCAAGAUCCGGACGGUGGAGAUCAACGGCGAGAAGGUGAAGCUGCAGAUCUGGGACACGGCGGGCCAGGAACGCUUUCGCACCAUCACCUCCACAUAUUACAGGGGAACGCACGGGGUCAUAGUGGUCUACGACGUCACGAGCGCCGAGUCCUUCGUCAACGUCAAACGAUGGUUACAUGAAAUCAACCAGAACUGUGACGACGUCUGCCGAAUAUUAGUGGGAAACAAGAACGACGACCCCAGCUCGAAGGUGGUCGAGACGACCGACGCGCAGAAGUUUGCGGAACAGAUGGGAAUCAGCCUGUUUGAGACGAGCGCGAAAGAAAAUAUCAACGUUGAAGAGAUGUUCAACUGCAUCACAGAGCUGGUGCUAAAAGCCAAGAAGGAGGUUCUAGCCAAGCAGCAGCAGCAGCAACAGAACGACGUGGUCAAACUCACCCGGAACAGUAAACGGAAGAAAAAGUGCUGCUAGCAAAAGCGAGCGGUGAAACGGCCGGAGGCAUCUCCUCUCCACACACUCACACACCACACCAUGGGACUCAGAGCAUCUAAAUUAAAGAGCAGAUAAAGAUUUACUGAAUAUACAGAAAAAUAAUAAAUAAAAAAAAAAAAAAAAAUAAGUGGAAAUAUCGUCCCCUUUGGACAAACUAAUCAUGAAGACUUUAGAAGAAGAAAAACAAAAGCAUUUGUACAGAUUUUUAUGAAGCGUCAGAUCAGGUUUUACUUGGAACGCAUCAGAGAAGCACUGUUUGACCUGAGCUCCUCUUUUUCGGUGAAGAAUCUGAAGCCGACGUCUGACGGACACAAAGCUCAGAUUUCCGUCUGCGUAUUCCGCCACCCCCCCGUCUUACCCUCCUGUCAGUAUCUCAUCUCUCCUUCCCGUUCCGCCGCACACAGGACGCUGCUGGCCGAGGCCGGCGCCGCACCUGAGGGGGGGGGGGAGGACUCGUUUCCUCUAGACUUUUUCAUUGAAUUAGUUUAGCUAUUUUUCUUUUUUUUCCCCCCCCCAUGGGCGGAGCGAAGACUUUGCGCAUGGCUGCGAAAGAAAGAACUCCUCUCGUGUUUAAAAGUGCGUACAUUUCAUCCGCCCGCAGCGCCAACAGAUCAUGAACUUCUCGGUUUCGUUGUCGGGGGGGGGAACGAGCCCAAUGAUGAAGUUUAGCACGUUUAUCAGUUAACCUAAAGGACUGAACUGGUGUUUUCUCGUGUUUUUUUUUUUUGUUUUGUGUUUGUUUUUUUCCUCAGUAUUUUGCCAAGCUUCCCCUUCCUUAAUCACCUAACUUCCAGUAGCGCUGAGCCAAUGUUAACUGAUCUCAUGUUUUCCACUGUUUUUGUUUGGAUCUUCUCCACGCAGCAGAGCAGGUGAACCACUCACUCCCAGAGCUCCCAUUGCACUGUUCACUGCAGUCUUACUUCCCCUUCCAUUUUCCUUUAAACCUUUUUCUUUUUAUAUAUAUAAAAAAAACAAACAAAGAUACUGCCAAUAUUAUAAAACAAAGAAAAUCUAUAUAAAUAUAUUAGCUCGGCAGAGCCUCUCAUUGGACUGUUGCCAUAGCGGCCGUCGGCUGGCCAGGAUACAGGGUGAAUCGGCGUCUGAUGGGACCCUGUUGAGUCCUCAGGAAAUGCUCCCUCCCUCUCCUCCUCCUCCUCUUCUUCUUCUUCUUCUGUGUUGCUGCCGCCAGCCUUGUGUUUCCUCAUCGCCCACAUAUCAGCACCUCGCAGCGACUGACUCACCAUCUGCAAGAAGAAGCCCGCCAUCGCUGUGACCUCUCCUCCAGGCCGCACUGGGGCUUCCUCUUGCUCUCUUUCUGUUUUGUUUUAAUUUUAUUUUCUGGUUGUUUUUUUUUUUUGUUGGUUUGUUUUUUUUGGCAUGUAACUCUUUGUUUUGCAGAAUUUUUUUUUUUUUUUUUUGUAAAAGCUAGCGAGAACUGACUGUGUUCUCUCCAUUAAUAGUGACUAAUGUAAUGUUUUGAUCUCCGUCACCAGCCCUUCCUCACUCCCUCCCUCCCUCUUCCUCAACCUGUUCGAGUGUUAGCAGUCAGUUUUCGGUGUCCAUGGCAACAACGUGGCGGAACGAGCGGCAGCACCGGAUCCCCUGCGUCUGGACCCGAGUCAUGUUUUCCCAUCAGCAUCUAUUACUGACAUUUAUCGUUAUUUUUUGUUGUUUUUGUUUUUUAAAAUUGGGAGAGCUUUACUGCAGAUGGAGGAGGAGGAAAUACUCUUUGCGGGUUCUGGUGGGUUCGUGCGAACAGGCAUCAGAAAGCCCACACUUUGAUUUCUCUCUACCAUGUGUGUAUGUAGUGCGCACGUGGUGUAUAGUGUAUAUAUACAAAUGUGUGUUUAUAUUCAAUAUAGAAGAUACACACACGACUGGCGCACCAAAUCGUGCAUGUGCUGCACAUGCCCAGUGUGCUGGGGUCAUGAAACAACACACUCGUCAGCUGUGGUUCGCUGUACACUGGAGAAAUAAAGUUGUACUAUUCAGUUUUCCCUACAUGAAUUAAAUCAGUAACAAACGUUUUAAAGAAAUAAAUAUUUGACACAUAAUGA